CGCGCAUCGCGACGUCGAGAACACGUCCUCACUGUCGUCUUCGAGCGCGCGUUGCCCCGUAAUCGCGGAGUAAUCUCUGAUCAGAUGGUCGACGCGUUCAACGCGAACUUUUCCCUCGACGGCCUCGGCCUCGAGCUCGGGCGAAGCCCCGGGUACGGCGGCCUAGACAUGCUCAUCCAAGACCAGUGGACCGUCGAGGACGACAAGCUCUUCGAGAACACGCUCGCGCAGUUCGGCGACCUCGACGGCGAAGACAGCUGGACGCAGUUCGGCGCGAACGUCCCCGGGAAGUCCAUGGUCGGCCUCAAGCGUCGCUUCAACCUCCUCCAGGAGGACAUCAAAAACAUCGAAUCCGGCCGCGUCCCGCUGCCGCACUACGACGCGAGAAACGACACCGCGCACCAACAGAUGAUGCAGCCCGCGCACCACGCGGUGCCCAUCGCGCAGGUUGCGCAGAGCAACCCCACCGGCAACGCGAAGGCUUCGAGCAAAGGGUCGAGCGGACACUCGCCGAAGAAGGGUGGAGGAUCCGGCGCCAACGCGAGCAAAAACGGCGCAAACGGCGCCAAAGCGAAGAGCGCGCCCGCGAAGACGACGGACCAGGAACGUCGCAAGGGGAUCCCGUGGACGGAGGAGGAGCACCGUCUGUUCCUCCUCGGGCUCGCGAAGUUUGGGAAGGGGGACUGGAGGUCCAUCUCACGGAAUUUCGUCAUCUCGCGGACGCCGACGCAAGUCGCGUCGCACGCGCAAAAGUACUUCAUCCGGCUCAACUCGAUGAACAAAAAAGACAAGCGUCGGUCGUCGAUUCACGACAUCACGUCCGUCAAGGGCAGCGGCAAGGGCGGCAACGCGAAAGGCGCUGCGAACAACGACGGCGGCGGCAGCAGCCACUCUGGGAGCGACGCGAGCGCCAACAUCGGCGGGACGAGCGCCGCGCUGCCGGUCGCCGCGCGAGGGGGGAUGGGACACGCCGGCGGCGGGUACUACGCCUCGGGGCCCGUGCCUGUCGGCUUCAUGCAGACGCCGGGGAUGUACGGCGUGAACGCUCACGGAGGGAUGUGA